CGAGAAGGAAGCGGAUCCGCUGCCGCGCAGCUAAACCGCAUCGAAGUAUCCUCUUCGUCUCCCUCCGCCGCUAUAGGGGCCUAAGCGGGAGCGGCUGGGACGGCGUCACUGAGAGGGCUGGGGGCGGAAGUGGAGGCGGAGGGAGACAGUGUCGACCGCAGGGCCUUGGGCUCUCGCGCCGAGGCUCUGGUGGGCGCGAGGCAGGGGAGGGGGAGGAGGAGGAGCCCGCGGCCCGGGCGGCGGCGGCAGCGGCGGCGCCCGACUUCCCCGUAGGGCCCCGCCUCGGAGCGGGCUGCGGUGGAAGAGAGGAGGAGACUGAGGAGCAGGAUGGCGGCCUCGGCCCUGUAUGCCUGCACCAAGUGUACCCAGCGCUAUCCGUUCGAGGAGCUCUCCCAGGGCCAGCAGCUCUGCAAGGAAUGUCGGAUUGCGCAUCCUAUUGUAAAAUGUACUUACUGCAGAUCAGAAUUUCAACAAGAGAGCAAAACUAAUACAAUAUGUAAGAAGUGUGCUCAAAAUGUGAAGCAAUUUGGCACACCUAAGCCUUGUCAAUACUGUAACAUAAUUGCAGCAUUUAUUGGUACAAAGUGUCAGCGUUGUACAAAUUCAGAAAAAAAAUACGGACCACCUCAGACCUGUGAACAGUGCAAACAACAGUGUGCUUUUGAUCGAAAGGAGGAAGGAAGAAGAAAGGUUGAUGGAAAGUUAUUAUGCUGGCUCUGUACUUUAUCAUACAAGAGAGUUUUACAGAAGACAAAAGAACAGAGGAAGAGCCUGGGAUCUUCACAUUCAAACUCAUCUUCUUCAUCUCUUACUGAGAAAGACCAGCAUCAUUCAAAACAUCAUCACCACCAUCAUCACCAUCACCAUCGUCACAGCAGUAGCCAUCACAAAAUCAGCAAUCUGAGUCCAGAACAAGAGCAGGGACUGUGGAAACAGAGCCAUAAAUCCUCUGCAGCAAUUCAGAAUGAAACUCCAAAGAAAAAGCCCAAAUUGGAAUCUAAGCCAUCUAACGGAGAUAGUAGCUCUAUAAAUCAGUCAGCAGAUAGUGGGGGAACAGACAAUUUUGUCCUUAUAAGUCAACUGAAAGAAGAAGUGAUGUCACUUAAACGUCUCUUACAGCAGAGAGACCAGACCAUUUUAGAAAAAGAUAAAAAGCUAACCGAACUAAAGGCGGACUUUCAGUAUCAAGAGUCAAAUUUGAGAACAAAGAUGAACAGUAUGGAAAAAGCUCACAAAGAAACUGUGGAACAACUUCAGGCCAAAAACAGAGAACUACUCAAACAGGUCGCAGCAUUGUCAAAGGGUAAAAAGUUUGACAAAAGUGGAAGCGUACUAACAUCCCCUUGAGAAAGUAGUUUUUCAUGUAGUGUUUCUGCUGAAAAUGUACAUUUGAAAAAAAUUCUGUGAAGCCCUUAAAUUCUGUGUAGUGGAGAAAUAUUUUUGCACACCAAAUGAAUUGGUGUGUUUCCUAUUCACUUUUGUAACUGAUACACAGCAUUUUUUAAGUUGUAAAACGUUCAAAUAAAACUUCAACUGGUUUGAAGUUACUUUUUAAUUAUUUGAUAUCCAGGAACUUUUUUGCCAGCAAUAGUAUUAAACACUUGUAAAGGAGUGCGUGAGUAGUGCUCUUUAUAAAAUGCAACAGGCAAUAAUAGAUUACGGUUUUCAGAAGUCAGAGCAGCAGGGUUUGGGUUGGUUUUGUUUUGUGUUUUACACUAUACUAAUUUCGGAUAAAAGUUUUCAAUUUAGAAAUACAAAAACUUUUAAACAAGGAAAAUGGUGAACACUGGUUUUUUGGUAAUUGUGUUUUUACUUUGCAUCAACAUGAACUUAGAAAAUCAUGGUGCUUUUAUUAAAUGAACUUCAGAAUAUAUGUAAAUAUGUUUUUAAAAGUUACAUCAUUAACAUUAGUUAGUAAACUGGUAUUUUCAUUAUUCGUAUAGGAAUUAAUGUUUAUUGUACAGUAUCCAAGGUAAAAUGUGUUCUGUUUUGUACAAACUACUGUAGAUUUUUACUUACAAGUGCCUUUUUGCCACCUAAUGUUUUUAUUUAUAGGAAUGCCGAUCUUUUGUACAUAUGGUUUGUUUUAAAAUCAUGUUUAAUAAAUGUUUGUAUAUAAAUGCAUAUGUACAGAAGCCUAUUUCAAAAGGAAAUCAAAGUUGUUAGUAAAAUGUUUGAGUUUGCAUUAAGAACUGAUAAUGCAUAUAGACUCUAGAUGAUUUUGUGGUUUGUGUGUGAUAUGAGAAGCUAUUGGUCACUGAAUUCAUUGAAUUAUGUAAAAAUACUUCCCCAAAGAUUUAAUUUUAAAUCAUUUCUGAUAGAGUAAUUUUAUUUUUUAUGUCCUAUGGCUUCAUGUUCAUAUUUUGUGAGUUACAUAUUUUGCUUUCUUUUUGUUUUAUAAAAGUUUUUUAAAAAUUUAUAAUUUUUCUGCAGUGGUCCAUAUAUCUGCUUUCCCUAUAAUAUGUGGUUAUCUAAGUUAAUAUUUAUGUACACCGUACUUGAUUUGUAAGUUUAAAGCAAAUCUGGAAAAAUUUAAAUAACUUAAAUCAAUCCAUGAUUAUCUUUGAAUAAAUUGGAAUCUACUGUAAGAUACAGGCACUAU